UGUCACCUGUGACAGUAAUACAGUAAUAAUUUAAUGAAUAAUAGUAAUAGGUGGUUAUAAUUUCGUGUAUUUUAAACAAUUUUUAAAAAAUGCCAAUAUACGAGGCACUAAGUGAUAAGUUAACUGUAGUGUUAGACGUAGGUUCCGCCUAUACAAAGUUUGGAUUUAGUGGAGAAUACGCCCCUAGAUGUAUAAUUCGCUCAGAAGUUCGCUGUAAAAAAACCAAUACAAUCAGGCGAAUUAUAGAUUAUGAGAAUGAAAAAGAUCUGUAUGAUUUGUUAGUAGAUUUUGUGCAUGUUUUAUAUUUCAAAUAUGCAUUAUUUAGUCCUAAAGACAAGCCAAUUGUGGUUGUUGAAUCUCUCUUAUGUCCAACACUGUUUAGAGAAACUUUGGCUAAAGUACUAUUUGAACAUUAUGAAAUAUCAAUGUUGCUUAUGUUACCUUCUCAUUUGGUUGGUUUAUCUACUUUGGGUGCUGAAACAGCGUUAGUACUUGAUGUUGGAUAUUUUGAAGCAGUAGCAAUUCCAGUGUGUCAUGGACUACCAGUAAUACAUGCGUGGCAAGCUUUACCUUUAGGGUCACAGAUAAUUCAUAACAAUUUGAGAGCUUUACUAAAUUCAGACAAUACUGGUAUUAACAACUUACCUGAGUCAGUGAUAGAAGACAUUAAAGUGCGCUGCUGUUUUGUAACCAAACAGAAACGUGCAGCGCAACUUUCUGUAGCAAAACCAGAAAUAACUUUUGCUCCAGAAGUGAAGUACCCCAUUGGUGGAUCAGAAAUUAUCACAGUUUCUGGCAAAGUUCGCGAAAAAGUCUAUGAAAUUUUGUAUGAUGAAGAUAAUGAUCAUUUAUGCCUUUCUACUAUGCUCCUAGACGCCAUUACGAAAGUGGAUAUCCAUCUAAGGAACAAGCUUGCUGAAAAUAUUCUUCUGAUUGGUGGUACAGUGAUGGUUCCAGGGUUUAAAGCCAGAUUGAAAGAGGAGCUGCACAAGCAAUUAAAACAUGACAGAUACAAGAAAUUGAAAAUUUCUAGUUUUAAGUUUCACACACCCCCAUGCAAAGAAAAUUAUACAGCAUGGCUAGGUGGUGCAAUUUACGGUGCUACUGAAUUAUUAUCCAUGAAAGCUCUAACCCGAGAAAAAUAUUUUAAAGAAAAUCGUUUACCUGAUUGGCCCAACAUGAGAGACAACUUCAGAACUAAUAACUAAUGUCAAUAAGUCAUAACAUGUAUGUAAUGAUAAUUAUUUAUAUACUAAAUUUAAUUUAUACA